AUGCCAGUUAGUUUUAUUUUCAAAUUACUUUUUACAAGUGAUAUUGAUUCAAUUCAUCAUUAUCGUCCUGUUCAAUCUUCUCUUACUAUACAUCGACGUUCUGGUAUAUUUAUCUCUUCUAAAGAUGUUUUGCCAGAAACACAACCAGUUGGUCUCUGUUUGAUUAUUUGGGUUGCAUGCGGUUUAGUCUCUUCACUCGGAGCACUUUGCUAUGCAGAGAUCGAUACAGUUAUAUCAAAACAUGGAGCAGAAAUUGCUUAUCUAAAAGAAGGUAUAUUUAAUGUAUGGUUUUAA